GAAUUGGUAACUUAGUAACGAAGAGAAGCUUUUGUGCGGCAAACGUUGUUGUUUCUCGUCAUGAGUAGUUUUACAUAUCUAUCCUUUUCUUCCUAUAUAAGUACACCUUUCAAGUGCCUGCGCUAAACUCAAAAUCUCAACAAACUACCAGUAAAGGAUUACUUAAAACGAUCAAAAGAAUGAACAACGACGAAGAAUUUCUUCGGCAAUGGUCUGAGAUGCUGAACUCGCUCGCUAAUCCAGAGGCGAAUAGUGACUUGCGUAAGAUCAACAACGAAGGAGGUGAAGAGGAUGUAAGGCAAAAGAGGCCAGCUGAGUCGAAGAGAGAAGGAAAGAAGAAGCGAGUUAAGAGACAAUGCGUGUCUAAAUCUUCUGACAAAUCUGAUCAUGAUACCUUGUUGAAGAAGAAGAUAAGGCGGGAACGUAUAAGAAGCCAACUAGAAACACUAAAGGAAUUAACACCCAAUUGCCCACAGUCGGAUAUCAACGCCAUCCUUGAUUGCGUUAUCGAGUACACGAACAACUUGCACCUUGCACGUUACAUGAGUUCGCAGGGAAUAUGUGACGACUGGAGACUGUUUACUGAAGCUGGUGCCGUUUAGUAUGAUAUGCAUAGAAGGGUUUUUUCUUUAAGAUAAAAUUAUAUACUUAAAAGUUUCUAUUAGCUAAGUUGUUUUCAUUCUCUCAGUCAGUCAGUUGUUCUUUGUUGGUUUAUUAUAAUAAAAUUGUAUGUUUUUGGUUUAAAUGUUACGAGAUAUGUUUUAGCCUCAGUCGUUCGUUGUUUGUUUGUUAUAAUAAAACUGUAUGUUUUUUGUUUAAAUGUUACAACUUGCAAGAUAUGUUUUAGCCUCAGUUGUUCUUUGUUUGUUUGUUAUAAUAAAACUGUAUGUUUUUGGUUUUGAUGUUACGAGUUAUGUUUUGGCCAUGAGACCAUCUUUAAAUUGCGUUCGGAACAUCAUACUGGAUCUUGCAAAUUAGAAGUUAUGAUUUGAUCAAUACUCCAACACUUGCGCCAAUCUUCUGCCAUUUUCUUUGUUAAAACCUUAUGAUGUGUUUUGGACAUUUGGCCAUGCAAAUUUUUUUUGAUAAUCGGACCUAGUGUGUGAUCCUUGAAACAAGGUAUUGCAAUUAAAAAUUUGAGGUUAAAUGUUAAAUGAAGUGAUCUUAAUUAUAUCUAAAUACUUUUAUGUG